AUGCAGUACAAGGCCCUUGCCACUCUGCUCUUCGCCACUGCAGCUCUCGCUGUCCCGGCUUCUGAUACCACCAUCAGCCCCGACGACUUGCUGGAUGAUAUCACCAUGCCCAUCAUGACCGAAACCAUCCCCAGCGGUAUCCUGUCCGUCAUUGAGACCGCCAUCCCCAGCACCUGGUACCAGGCCCUCGAGACCGACUCCGCCUUCCAGUCUUCCGUGCUCAACGACAUCCUCCACAGCACCUAUCCAGCUUGGUACAACAGUCUGCCCAACAGCGUCAAGUCAUGGGCCACCGCCGAGGGUGAGGCCGAGUUCUCGGCUCUCUCCAGCUACUUCAGCGGCAUGCCCACUGUUACUCCCACUUCGGGCUCCGGCUCCGCCGGUAGCAGCUCUCACGCCUCGUCCACUCCUCUCUCCACCGGCCACAGCUCGACUUCCGCCUCUACUCGCCUGACUUUGACCUCCACUGCCACCCAGACCAAGACGGCCUCCGGCAGUGGCUCUUCUUCAAGCUCUGCUUCCGGUUCUGGAACUUCUACCUCUACUGGGGGUGCCCCAGCUGCUACUGGUGGCCUUGCUAUCAGCCUGGCUGGCGCGGCUGGUGUCCUAGGUCUUGCCUUUGCUCUGUAA